AUGUCGAUUGAUGAACCUUGGGUUGGAACCUGGAGACCCCACAAGCCAAGAGGGCCUAUAGCUGCUCUCUAUGGUAGCCCAGGGCCUAAAUACGCACUGCCUGCACUUAUAGGUAUUUCCCAACAUGACCCCACAAAAUUCAAAGCCCCAGUUUUCUCCUUCGGUGCACGGCACAAGGAAGCAAAUACAAACUGCUCCCCUGGACCGAGAUACCUAAUCCCCUCCAACAUCACAAGAAAAGGACGAAGUGGCGCACCUGCAUUUUCAAUCCACGGCCGCCCAAAGCAGCUCCAGUUGUUCCGAGCCCCUGGACCAGGUCAGUACUCUCCAGAAGGUUCAGGAAAGAUGACCUACUGCUCAGCUCCAGCUUUUUCUCUGUCUGGAAGAAGAAGAGACGGAGUUACCAACCAAACACCUGGCCCAGCCACCUACACUCUGCCCCCUAUGCUGGGCUCUAAAAGUGCAGUCACACCUUCAGCUCCCACCUACAUACUUUGUGGCCGCAGUAAAACUGGGAGCUUCCAUGAGGAUCUUAAAAAGACUCCGAGCCCAGCUGCCUACAACGUUGUGGACCCAUGUAUUUAUAGACAGAAACCUCCACAGUACACCAUAAAAGGCCGGAAUUUUGUUUCUAGCAAUGCCACAGACAAACCAGGUCCAGGAUCGCACUAUCCUGAGCGGGUUACCUUCACGAGAGCAAAAGCUCCUAGCUUCACUUUUGGAGUUCGUCACUCACAAUACAUCUCACCUCUUAUUGUAAAUAUGAAUGAAUAA